GUCCACUGCACGCUCCCCUAGAAGUAGAAGUCGGCCGCUAAAAAUUUGCCACACACUGCUUAACUUCCUCACACAAAUUCCAAAAAACAAAGGGAAAAAAACCCAUUUUCAUGAUUCAGGUUUUCUUCAAAAGCUAUUAGGGUUUUUUCCCCUCUUCCAUUUCAAGAAAAUUCUAGGGUUCAAGAAUCAUUAACAAAAGAAGAUGGAGAAGUUGAACAGCAUUUUCAAGAAGAAGACUUCACCUAAAGAAGCAUUGAGGAGCAGCAAAAGGGAAAUGGCUGUUGCUACCAGAGGCAUUGAACGGGAGAUCUCAUCCUUACAAAUGGAGGAGAAAAAGUUAGUUGCAGAGAUCAAGCAAACAGCCAAAACAGGAAACGAGGCCGCCACCAAAAUUCUAGCUCGUCAACUUGUGAGAUUGCGGCAACAAAUUGUCAAUUUGCAAGGUAGUCGUGCUCAAAUUAGGGGUGUAGCAACUCAUACACAGGCACUAUAUGCUAGCACCUCUAUGUCUACUGGAAUGAAAGGUGCAACUAAAGCGAUGUCUGCCAUGAACAAGCAAAUGGCACCUGCAAAACAAGUUAAAGUGAUCAGAGAAUUCCAGAAGCAGUCAUCACAGUUGGACAUGACAAUUGAGAUGAUGUCUGAAUCCAUUGAUGAGACUUUGGAUAAAGAUGAAGCUGAAGAAGAAACUGAGGAGCUUACAAACCAGGUGCUGGAUGAGAUUGGUGUGGACAUUGCAUCACAGUUAUCUUCAGCUCCAAAAGGUCGGAUUGCAUCGAAGAAAGUCGAAAAUGUUGCCCCCCCUAGUUCUGAUACUGCUGCGGAUGUCGAGGAACUUGAGAAGAGGUUGGCCUCUCUUCGAAGAAUUUGAUGAACGUGCAUAUUUGUGGACAACUUUUAUAUGUGAUCCUUGUAUAAAUUUCGCUUUUAGAAUUAAAAAUAUAGUAUGUACCAUGGUACCAAUUUGUAUUUCUCAACUAUUUUGCUAUAGCACCGAACAUCAACAUUUAUGCUGUAAGAAUGAAGUGGAUCCUAUUUGGGUUUUAUGAUCCUUCUACAUGUAAUUUUUUGUAUGUAGUUCCUUGAAUUCAUUGAUAU